GUCACCAUGACAGCUGUUCGAUUGUAGAUAUAUUUGUACGCAUUGUAUUUUCCUUUUACGUUUGUUUUCCGUGGAAAUUGUCUGUAAUUCGCACAGCACACAAAUGUACAAAAAAUCCGCCGGCCUCUCGAAAGCAGAAACGAAAACGAAAAGCUUUUUAUUCGCCGCUGAAAGUCGGAGUCCGUAAAUCAGCCGGUUACGGGAUACGGAAUCCACAUCGUUCUCCUCCGUUUUUUCUCCUUCUCCCCCGAUUCGGUUACGGAACCAAUAUUAUUACCGUUAAUUAUAGCCACAGCAGGUCGAAAAUAUAUAGAAAUCGCUAUAUAGAUGUUCAAGUUCGUGCUGAACGACGCCGCCAACUACGUGCGCUCCAAUGUGCGGGAGUUCAGUUUAAAUGCACUGCGAUUGCUGCCGCAACUGCCGCAAUUGAGUCCAUACGAUGUUAACCUUGUUUUGAGGGAGAACGAGUUCGUUUACAACUUUCCUGUGGACGGAGUCAUCCGGAGCUAUGAAACGAAUCAGCUGGGAUCGAAUUCGCCCUGCGAGGACUCACGCACAGAAGCCAGUUUUCUGCACCGCAACGGCUUCAUCUGCGGCAUUUUCGAUGGACAUGCGGGGGCAGCUUGUGGCCAAGUGGUGUCCAAGCGAUUGCUCCGCUACGUUUCAGCCGCCACAUUGCCGCGCCAGGUGCUUCGGGAGCAGAUGAAGCAGGGCUGCAGCAGCCAGUCGUUCCUUAAAUGCCACAACGACAACGUGGACUUUGUCAGCGAGAUUAAACCGAUCUACGAAGCCAGUUUCCUCAAGUACAUAAAGCAGUUGUCGGAGACACCUCAGCGGGAUGUUGCCAGUGAACUGGAGAACGCUUUUCUCCAGCUGGACGAGGGUCUCUCCCAGGAGGCGCUGGCCAGCAACGAUGUGCGCACCAUGAGCGUCGCACUUUCCGGAGCCGUUGCCUGUGUGGUGCACCUGGAGGGCCUGCAGCUGCACGUGGCCAGCACGGGUGACUGCGGCGCCGUGUUGGGCACCCUCGAUCCGCAGACGCAGCAGUGGCAUCCAAAAAAACUCAACACCGAGCAUAAUGCGGACAACAUGUCCGAGGUGCGUCGCAUCCUGGCCGAGCAUCCGAAGCAGGAACGCGAAACGGUGAUCCGCAAUGGCCGGCUGCUGAGUCAACUGGCGCCGUUGCGUGCCUUUGGGGACUUUCGAUACAAGUGGUCCCUGGACAUAAUGCAGCAGAAGGUGCUGCCCAUGUUCGGCGAGCAGGCAAUGGCGCCGAAUUACUACACGCCUCCGUACCUAACCGCACGCCCCGAUGUCCAGCACCAUGAACUGGGGCCCAACGACAAGUUUCUAGUCAUCGCCAGCGACGGCCUGUGGGAUUUCCUUUCGCCCAGCGAGGUGGUCAGCCUGGUGGGGGAGCACAUCAACUCCAAGAAGAUCCUCGAACCGAUGCGUCUGCCCGAGGGCGAUAUAACGCUGCAGGAAAUCUCCGACCAGCUAGCCGAACGGAAAGCUGGUCUAACCCGCAAACCGGUGGACCAGAAUGCCGCCACGCAUCUCAUCCGGCACGCCUUGGGGGCCACCGACUAUGGGAUUGAGCACUCGAAGAUCUCGUACUACCUGACGCUGCCCAAGGACGUGGUGCGUCUGUACCGCGACGACAUCACCAUCACCGUGAUCUACUUCAACUCAGAGCACGUCGCCCAGCUGCACAGCGAGGCGGAUCAAUCGACGGGGAUCACUGCGCCGGCAGCGUGAUCUUCGUGCGAAAAAGUGUACAUUUAACGAGCUAACCUUCAGCCUAACUAGCCUAAGUGUUGCGUUUAAGUUUGUUUAAUCCGCCAUCGGACCUCGGACGACUGCCGCGCCAAAUAAAUCCCACGCGGAAAGCGAAAAAAACCACA